AUGGUGAGACAACUCUAUUUCAAGGCUGACUCACCAAUUGACAUUGGGGAGCAGAUGUUCGUCACUACAUUUAAAAUCAUAACCAGCAUGUUGUGGGGUGACGCACUUGAAGGAGAGACGGGGCGGUUCACCACUGUCGAGGUUAGCCAGGUAAUGGACAGUGCUGUGAUGCUUUUUGGUGAGCCCAAUAUUUUUGAUCUUUUUCCGGCAUUGGCAUGGCUUGAUAUCCAAGGUAUCGGGCUGCGAAUGAAAAAGAAGGAAGUGAUGACAACAGGGAGUAGAUCAACAUCGAGCACAGUGGAGUGGGCAAUGGUUGAACUAUUGAAACGCCCAGAUAUGAUGAUGAAAGCUCAAGGAGAGAUGGAAGAGGUAGUAGGGUUAAACAAUACAGCGGAAGAGUCUCGUUUGCCUAAGUUGCAUUACUUGUGUAGAGUGGUGAAGGAAGUCCGUCUGCACCCACCUGCUCCUUUCUUGAUUCCUCGAUGCCCUUGUGCAUCUUGCACCAUAGGUGGAUUUAUGGUUCCAAAGGGUCCCAAAGUUAUAGUGAAUGCAUGGGCUAUACAGAGGGAUCCUAUUGCUUGGAUUAACCCCUUGGAGUUCCAACCAGAGAGGUUCUUGAGAUCGGUUGAUGAUGAAUAUGAAUUUAGUGGCAAAGACUAUCGACAUAUUCCAUUUGGAUCAGGAAGAAGGGUAUGUGUAGGAAUCCCAAUGGCAGAGAGAAUGAUACCAUACCUAGUGGCAACAAUUUUGGAUUCAUUCAAGUGGCAAUUGCCAAAUGGUGUGGAGCUUGAUAUGUCUGACAAGUUUGGUUUGGAAUUGAAGAAGGCAACACCCCUUGUCGUGAUCUCGUCAUCUAAAUUAUCGGACUUCACACUUUAUAAUUAG